AUGGCUCUGGGAAUAUUGGAGCCUCGGGCGGAAAAUGUGCCUGGCACUGUGCAAGUCACCCACCGGAGCGACGACGAGUCAUCAAACUUGCGAACGACAAUUCUUGUGCCAAAGCCUACAGAUGACCCAAAUGACCCACUGAACUGGCCUCUCUGGCAACGCGAUAUUAUCCUCGUCAUCCUUUGUAUCGUUUCAGUCCUUGCGACCACCGCCUCACCUCUUCUGGCCGCAGACUCGGUGGAGCUCGCGCUCAAGUUUCAACGCACGUUCGAAGAUGCAGCCCUUCUCACAGCCUAUCACCUAGCGGGUGUUGGGGUAGGAAGCUUGCUGUUUGUUCCGCUCGCAAGGGUAUGGGGAAAGAGACACGUAUUCUUGAUCGGAUCACUGCUCAUGAUUGCGAGCUCUGCCUGGGGAGGAUCAACCCACAUGGGUUAUAACUACACCAGUAUGCUAUGGGCGCGAGUCAUCCAGGGGGUCGCUCUGGCCCCGUUCGAGUCGCUCAUCAAUGCAUGCGUAGGCGACCUCUAUUUCGUUCAUGAGCGCGGACCGCGUAUGGCCUUCGCAAACGUCUCCCUCUUCGGCGGAGCCUUCUUGACUCCAGUCUUUGUUGGCGUGAUUGCCCAUAAUAUUGGCUGGUGGUGGUCUUUCUACUUCAUCGCCAUCUUCAUGGGUGGCGGCUUCCUCUUGCUUCUGUUCUUGUGCCCCGAAGUGGCAUAUCGUCGACCCGAUCGAUUGAACACAGAUAUUAUGACAGCAAGCUCAGAAUCUCUGGAUCCUACCGACCCUUUGCGCCUUUCGCCUUUCGACGGACGUAAAACCGACGAAUCAUUCUGGAAAUUGUUCCUGCGACCAUUCCCACUCUUCUUACACCCUGCAGUCAUUUGGGCUUGCUUGCUGCAGGGCGUCAUUAUUGGCUGGACAGUGAUGGUCGGAGUUAUUCUUUCAGUGAUCUUCCUCGGACCACCACUGUUCUACAACGAGGAACAAACUGGCAAGAUGUAUACCGCCGCGUUUGUAGGAAGCAUAAUCGGUCUUCUGAUAGCCGGAGUAUACACCGAGCUCACUACGCGUUUCAUGGUCCGACGUAACAAUGGGAGAUACGAGCCCGAAUUCAGAAUCCUUCUCGUGAUCCCGACGCUCAUCUUCGCCGCCUCAGGGCUCUACGGUUUUGGCAUCACUGCAGCCAAGAUAGUACGCUAUGGCUGGUUCGUUCCUGAAGUUUUCCUCGCUCUCAUCGUCGCUAGUAUGGUUAUGGGCGCCACAGCUUCAGCGCAAUAUCUACUUGAUGCGCACAGAGACAUUGCGAUUGAAUCCUUCACCUGUCUCAUUAUUUUCAAGAAUAUGUUUUCGUUCAUUCUGGCAUACUUUGCUUAUACCUGGGUCUUUUCUGGAGGCAUCGAGCGACUGUUCAUCAUCUUCGGCAGCAUCGAAGUUGGUAUCUGUGCAUUGAGCUUGCCGAUGUAUGUCUUUGGCAAGAUCAGUCGCGACUUCUUCCAUCGGCAUGAUUUAUUGCAGAUAUUUAGAUUGCGAUGA